AUGGAUAAUAAUAAUAAUCAACAAUUUAAUCCUGGUCAAUAUUAUCAUCAAGAAUCUCCAAUUUUUAAUAAUCGAGAAUCUUCUACAAACCAAUAUAUAGUAACUUCAGAACCUUACAAUGCUGAACCAAUAUACCAUCAACAACAACCUCAACAAGUUAUUGACAUGCAACGACGACUUCCACCAAUUCCUUCUGAAUAUUUAACCGCUUCAACAACUCCAUUUAGUGGAGUUGAUCAUAAUAUACCACCUGAAGAAAGAAAAUUUACGGGUGUCACUUCUUUAGAACAAUUAUGGAGAAUGGAAUUUUUUUAUCAAGGGAAACCUACUUUGAAAUUUUGGUUUGCUUUAUUUUGGUUAUUAUAUUUCACUUUUAUCGUUAUUGUGUUAAUUGUAGGCAUCAUGCAGGGGGUUGGAAAUUCGGGAUCAAAAUUUGGCGGAGAUAAUCAUUGUUUAAAUCUUGUUCCCAAUUGCAAACCCGGAGAGUUUCAAUGUGGCAAUGGUAAAAGUGCAACAGGAUGUCCCGAAAUUUAUUGUUCCAAAAUAGAAACGGAUGAUAUUUGUUAUCCAACUAGUUCAUCCAAAUAA